AUGACGAUAAUAUUUAGGAAAAUAAGAUAGUUGAUAAAAAAAAAACUAACAUUAUAGCUGAUUAAAGAAAUAAGAUGCAUAACAUGUUAUAAGAUUUCAAAUUAACUGUAUAGCAUUUCGUGUUGUUCAUAGUAUUUAUGCAUGGAAUGCAAUAAAAAAAUCUAAUAAUGUCCAUUAUGUAAGUAAAAAUAUGAGAUAUUCAAUAAUAAAAGUGUGUUAAGGAUAUUAGAUUAUAUCACAUGCGAAUGUUCAAACGAAUAAUGUAAUUACAAGUCUUAAUUUCUAGAGGUAUUAAAACAUUAAGAAACUUGUGAAUUUUAGAAACGCACCUGCAAAGUAUGCCAUGAAAUUUAUUUAUAGAAAGAUAUUUAUGACCAUAUGAUCAAUAAUCAUAAAAAAGAUAUUAUGUAACAAUUAACAUAUAGGACUGACCAGAUUUGA